AUGAAUAACUUCCGCUCAUACACCACCUCGCACUUCCGCCGUCUCCCCAAAUCCUUCUCUAUCCGACGGAAAGUUCCCUGGUGGGACCAAAUUCAUGACCCUGGAAGUGAAAUUGUUAGCAAAUGGAACCACAUUUUCCUUGUCGCGUGCAUGAUUGCCAUGUUUCUUGAUCCUCUUUAUCUCUACCUUCCCAUUAUCGGUGGCGAUGCCUGCAUGAAGAUUGACAUUGCCUUAGGGGUCUGGGUUACCUUAGCUCGCACCUUCACCGACUUGUUCUUUUUCAUGCACAUUCUCAUGAAGUUUAGAACAGCUUUUGUGGCACCAAGCUCGCGCGUUUUUGGUAGAGGAGAGCUUGUUAUGGACCCUAGAGCCAUUACUAUACGCUACCUGAAAUCGAACUUUGUUGUUGAUCUUGCUGCUGCCCUUCCUCUGCCUCAGAUUGUGAUUUGGUUCAUGAUUACAUCAGUACUGAAAAAUCCAACAGCUGCUCAUGCUAACCACACUGUUUCUCUGAUAGUUCUCAUCCAAUACAUUCCUCGAUUUUUUGUCAUGGUUCCUUUGAAUCGACGGAUUGUUAAAACUACUGGGGUUAUAGCCAAGACUGCUUGGUCCGGGGCAGCUUAUAAUCUCCUUCUCUAUGUUCUUGCUAGCCAUGUUUUAGGAGCUAUAUGGUAUCUGGCAUCAAUUCAGAGGCAGCAUCAAUGCUGGGAUAUACAAUGUAAAAUUGAGAAGCAUCGCACACCAGCUUGUACCCCUAUAUUUCUGGACUGUAGUAACAAGAAUAAUCCUGAACGCCAAACUUGGCUUAGAUCCACUAAUCUGCUCACAAAUUGUGAUGCCCAAAAUGAUGAAAAUUUUCAGUUUGGGAUGUUUGCCGAAGCCUUCACAAAUCAUGUUGCGGAAGCAUCUUUCAUUGAUAAAUAUUUCUAUUGUCUUUGGUGGGGAUUGAGAAACCUAAGUUCGUAUGGACAAGAUUUGAUGACAAGUACCUACGAGGGCGAAACAUUAUUCAGCAUUGGAAUUAGCAUUAUGGGUCUAGUUCUGUUUUCACAUCUCAUAGGCAAUAUGCAGACCUAUAUGCAAUCCGCAACUGCUAGAUUGGAAGAGUGGAGGAUUAGGCGAAGAGACACAGAGGAAUGGAUGAGGCACCGUCAACUACCUCUAGAGUUGCAAGAACGUGUUCGCCGUUUCGUUCAAUACAAAUGGUUGGCUACGAGAGGCGUAGACGAAGAAAGCAUCUUGAAAUCCUUACCUAUGGAUAUCCGACGUCAGAUUCAACGGCAUCUCUCUCUGGCUCUUGUUCGACGCGUCCCAUUUUUCGCUCAAAUGGAUGAUCAACUGCUAGAUGCAAUAUGUGAGCGUCUUGUGUCAUCUUUGAACACCAAAGACACGUUCAUAGUCCGGGAGGGCGAUCCGGUGAACGAGAUGCUUUUCAUCAUUAGAGGACAGUUAGAAAGUUCGACAACAAAUGGUGGAAAGUCAGGAUUUUUCAACUCCAUCACACUCAGGGCUGGUGACUUCUGUGGUGAAGAAUUGUUGACAUGGGCUCUAAUGCCAACCUCUCGCCUGAAUUUACCUGUAUCCACUCGAACUGUGAAGGCUCUCUCUGAAGUGGAGGCCUUUGCACUUAGAGCCGUAGACCUCAAGUUUGUUGCUAAGCAAUUCAAACGGUUGCAUAGCAAGAAAUUGCAGCAUGCUUUCAGGUAUUACUCUCAUCAGUGGAGGACGUGGGGAGCUUGCUAUAUACAAUCCGCAUGGAGGCGAUACACAAGGAGAAAACUACAAAUGGAAUUGGCUAGGCAAGAGAGCUUAUUUUAUUCUCAAGUUUUGGAUGGAGAGGUGGAAUAUUAUUACAGUGAUGACGGUGGUGAUGAAAGAUCAUUAGUGGACAGUUCAAACAGUGGUUCGCAUCUUACAGCAACCAUGCUAGCUUCAAAAUUUGCUGCAAAUACAAGAAGAGGAGUUGGCCAUCAUAAGCUUUCUAGGCUCGAUGAUUCCACCUUACAAAUGCCCAAGUUUUUCAAACCAGAGGAGCCUGAUUUUUAUGCAGAACAUGAAGAUAGUUAA